UAAAAUGGUAGACAACAUUUUGUUAAACUGUCAUAGUUCAUGUUAGGAAGGCGUGAAACCAGCGCCUUUCGCUAUCUGGCGAAUGCACCAACCUCCAUGUUACCGCGACCAUAUGGACGUGUCGUCCAGCACUUUCUGGACUGUAAGGCAGAGUCACUUCUUAGCCAGCGGAGCCCAGAAAGUGCUGGAGAAGACCUGAGUACCUCUCUUUUUGCAGAAGUUUGUGUCAUCAUCAUAAAUAAGCUACUACUUAAUGAAAGAAUUUUCCAUAUCAGAGUAUCUUCACAAAAAAAGUAUCAUAUAUAUUUUUUAUUUUUUAUAAGAGGUAAGGCAUAUUGUUUUGUUUUUGUUUUACAGAAUUCAUGCUGCCUAGCCGAAAUAGCACACGAAAGAGUUCAAAAGAGGAUUAAAGUUCACAGAGUUUAUCCUAAGAGACACAACUGCAACUACUUACCAGCAUGAAAUCCCAAAUCAGUUACAGCAUAAAAUCCCAAACCAGUUACAGCAUAAAAUCCCAAACGAGCUCUAAAACAGUUACCAUCUGCUCUGAUCCUGCUGCACCAGAUUCACUGAAUAACAUCUCGCAAUGCUCUUGCGCCAAAUGUGACUCGUAUAGCUGCUUCGCCUUCAGAAACAGAACUCCCUGCAGUUGUAACCGGUAUUGUAGCUUAAUCGGAAGCAAAGCAUCGUCAAAAAUAUCCAAGAAUGGUGUUCGUAUUGUAGAAAGCGUUACAAAAGAACAUGUCAAAAAGGAAAUAACUUAUGAUAACAUUAAAGAUAACAUGGAAAAAGAGUCUACCAUAUCCAAUAUCUAUCCUCGUCAAGACUCCUCCUUUGACACAGCAAAGUUGAGUGCUCAAGUUAUGAACGUACCGUAUAACGAUUUCAAACAAUCUAUUGCCCAUAACACGCUUGAGAUGACACGCAAUACCACAAAUUUGACUAAACUAGACAUUUUCAAAAGGAUUAAAGAGGCCUACCAAGCAUGCAGUUGCAAGGUAUGUGAAUGUAUUAUCGGAAGAACUAAUGAAUGUAGUGAUAUUUGCAAAUGCAAGCCAUGUCAAUGCAAAGAUUGUGUCUCUGUCAUGAAUAAUUUUAAAUAUAAAGGAAAAUGCGUGCGAUAUUCCUGUGACCCUGUUAAGUGUGACAAAAAUGAGUGUAAGGGUUAUGUUGUGAGGAAAACCUGUUCUGUACCACAACAUUGUAAUUGUGAUCCAUGUGAUUGCCUUGAAUGCAAUGAUUUUAUUAAUAAACCCUGCAACUGUAAGCCUUGCGAAUGUAUCGAGUGCAAAACUUAUUCAUUAGCGAAACCGAAAGUGUUAAUAGUAGGUCGUGUUGAAGAAGAUACUCCGCGCAAUUUAUGUUCAUGUUCACCAUGUGAGUGCGCUGAAUGUACCCACAGAGCUUUUCCACUAACACCGAGCUCGAGACGACACGAAAUGUCCACAGAGAUAAGCAUACCUACUAAUUGUAAUUGUGAUAGUUGUCCUAGCCAAACAUGUGAAACAAACGACAGCGGUAGGUGCUCUUGUGAAAUACAGAAACAAGUAAUGAGCAAACCGUUUCAGAGAGAUACUCUUGACUAUGAUAUUCAUAGAGCGUCAAUUAAAAAUAUCAGUAUUGUAGAGAAACCAUAUAAUAACACGAUAGCUAUGUUUGCAGCUUUAGAUGACAAUCCUCAAAAAUUAAAAUUAUUUAAUAAAGAUUGUAACUGUGGCGAUUGCGAAUGUUUGGUGUGUAAUAGCAAGAAUGGAAAUGCUACUGUUAUUCAAAAUUCACGGCUAUAUAAAUCGUCUUUAAAUGAAAGCUCUUGCGAUUGCUUGCCGUGUGAGUGUGAGGUAUGCAAAGCGGCCAAUAUUAGAGGUCCAGUUCGAAUUCCAAAACCAUGUACAUGUGACAUCUGUGAUUGUUUAAAAUGUGAAGGUUUCAUAAAUACGUCUUUAAACAUAAAUAAAGUUACGGGAAACCCCAAAACAUUUCCCACCUGCAAAUGUAAACCUUGUGAAUGUACUGUCUGCCGGCCAAAUUGCACUGAAAAUAACUGCUAUCGUAGUUAUAGCGAAUCUACUAUUAGUUUUGAUCAAGACAAGAUUGUAAGUCAAGACAAAGGAUUAACGGACAUAAAACCUGGGUGUGUCUAUAAUAAAACCAAAACACAUUCAAGACCUGGAAAAAACCUCAAUGACUAUGGCACAGAAGAACCAAGUGCAUCUCACAAUUAUUUUAAUUUAACGCGUCAUGACGAUUCUGGAACAAUAAAAUACAUAAACAAAUUGAACCCUGAGAAAUCACCUACAGCAACUCAAGAAUCACCAACAGCAGCUCAAGAAUGUAAUAAAACUUGUCUUAUGCGUGACAUGUACAAGCAAUGUACUGAAAAAUACAUUCCACAAUUCGACAGAAACAUGUCGGAUACAUAUUCAGAUAUUUCAGAAUAUUGUGUAUUGGAAAACUCACAAUAUAACAAUUUUAGAGAUAAACUAGCGGUUACAGUGCAAAGCAAUGUAACAAAACCUAAAAAACAUAACGAUAUCAUCUCAUCAUAUACAACUAGACGUUUGAUUGGAGGUUCUGUUGACAAAUGCUUGAAUGAUAUUACGAAAAUGAACAUAAACACCACAUCAACUAAAACAAAGAGCAUACUAGAUAACCAAGGAAUGCCAACAGAUAACAGCAAUACUAAAAAUUUACCAAGUGAAUAUACAGAGAAUAACAACAUCACGCUAAGUUCAAAUAACACUAGGAGUCGGUCAAAGAGUGGUAUGGAUAAAUAUAGUGAUAAGGACCUACAAAAUAAACAAAGACAUUUACUCAAUUCCGAGAAAAUUACUGAAAGAGUUGUGGGUUCUCUAAAUCUGGCAAGCAAAACUAAUAAAGCAAAGAUUAACAACUUAAAAGAAAGCUUAAUAAGUGAAUCAGAAACUUAUAAAGAGCCAACUCCCAGCAAUAUAAUUAAACACACAUCAAAAAAUCCAAUAGAUUUUGAGAAAGUAAAGCACAGUUUACAGCAAGCCAAAGAGUUUUCAAUCGAACUCAUAAAACUUUUGAAACAGUAUGAAAAAGCAAAUGAUGAUUAUUAUGAAUAUUCGAACAAAUUUUCCAAAAAGUAUGAUGUACAUUACACUGGCAGAAAGGAAAGUGAAAAAUGUGAUGCACCAUUCAGAACAAAAUUUCACCACAAUAUAAGGACAGUUGAUUCUUAUAGUUCUAACAGUAUUAUAGAAAAAGAUGAAUUACAUAAAUCAAAUCCACUGAAAAACAACAAUUUGGGAUCAAGUACAGGAUAUAAUUUACCAACAACUUCCAACAAGUUGGAAUUAAUAGAUUUCUUACUAAGCGAAGACAAUAAAAAAUAUAUAUGAUACAUCGACGACAAAUUUGAUUCGAAAGAGCAGCAAGAUUACACAUUAGAGUCAUGUAAUAUGAACAACAGUAAGAAUCAAGGGCGUGCCCAACAUCUGCGAAUAGAUAGAGGAAAUAAAAGUCCUUAGUCAAAGAAAAAUAUCGGACCACCAGAUUCUCUUUAAAUGGAAAACACCUCGAAUCAUUACCAAUGUAAAAU